CUCUCUCUUCUUCGUCGCUUCAUCUUUCUCUCUCUCUCUUUGUAACUCUGUAACUUCGAAACCGAUCAAUCCAUGGCUAACUCUUCCGCUGGCUCCGCCGAAGACCACCGCAACAAGCACCUCUCCGUCAAUCCACCGCACCAGAUCUUCAAAGAUAUCCAGGGUUCUGACAAUGCGAUUCCUCUUUCACCGCAGUGGCUUCUCUCCAAACCAGGGGAGAACAAGACUGGAAUGGGAACUGGGGAUCCUAAUCAGUAUGGAAACCAUUCGGAUGUUGUGAGACCAACAGGGAAUGGGGAGGAGACACCGGAUAAUCUGAAGAAAAAAGAUGUUUUUCGGCCAUCCUUGCUUGAUGCAGAAAGUGGUCGUCGUGAUCGUUGGCGUGAUGAGGAAAGGGAUACCUUGUCUUCAGUCCGAAAAGACCGCUGGCGGAAUGGUGACAAAGACUCUGGUGAUAAUAAGAAGGUGGACCGGUGGGAUAAUGUGGCACCUAAAUUUGGGGAACCACGACGUGGUCCGAAUGACCGGUGGACUGAUUCAGGAAACAAGGAUGCUGCACCAGAGCAGCGGCGUGAGAGCAAGUGGAACUCUCGCUGGGGACCUGAUGAUAAGGAAACUGAGAUUCCGCGUAAUAGGUGGGAUGAACCUGGUAAGGACGGUGAAAUCAUUCGUGAGAAGGGUCCAUCUCUUCCUACUGGUGAUGGAGACCAUUACCGGCCCUGGAGACCCUCUCAAGGUCGAGGAAGAGGAGAAGCUCUUCACAGCCAAUCAACACCAAACAAGCAGGUUACACCCUUCUCUCACAGCAGGGGGCGUGGAGAGAACACUUCUAUCUUUUCAGCUGGACGUGGAAGGUUGAGUCCUGGUGGAAGCCUUUUUACUAGUGCAUCAAACCAGUCUCAUCCCCCAGGAUCUGCCUCUGACAAGGGGGAAAGUGGUCCCGGAGAAACUCCCCAUCUGAGAUAUAGCAGAAUGAAACUGUUGGAUGUGUACAGGAUGGCUGACACAGAGUGUUAUGAAAAGUUUCCGGAUGGGUUUAUUGAGGUGCCUUCCCUUACGUCUGAACAGCCAACAGACCCUCUGGCUCUUUGCGCUCCGAGUUCUGAUGAAGUGAAUGUUCUGGAUGCGAUUGAGAAAGGAAAAAUAGUAAGCAGUGGUGCCCCUCAGACGACCAAGGAUGGCCCUAGUGGCCGAAAUCCAGUCGAGUUUUCACAACCUAGACGAAUCAGGCCUGCUGGAAGCAGAGAAGAUAUGACAUUCGGUGCUGAGGAGUCUAAAGAUGAAAGUGGAGAAACAAGGAACUAUCCAGAUGAUAAGUUUAGGCCUGAAGCUUCUCAUGAAGGUUAUGCACCUUUUAGGAGAGGCAAUGAGGUACCUGUCAGAGAAUUGAAAGAACCCAGUAUGCAGGGAAAUUCUCAUGUUCAAUCUGCCUCUCCAUGGCGUCAGCCUUCUGCGGGGGAAAGAUCGAAUAGGAACUCACAUGAUUGGAACGACCCUUCUGCUGAUAGCAGGCUGAAAUCUUCUGACAGCGUCUGGUCGCAUCCUAAAGAUCCAAUAAAUCAUUUAGGCGGCAAUAAUAUGAUGUUGCCACAGUCCAAAGGUGAGUCCAGAUGGCAAAUCAGUGAAGAUCCUGCACUUAGAAGGCAGCCGUCUCUGGUGUUCGACAGGGAGCAGGAAGUUAGAAAGCUUCUGCCAUCUUCGCCUGAAGAACUUACACUCUAUUAUAAAGAUCCUCAGGGUUUAAUUCAAGGCCCUUUUUCUGGAUCUGAUAUCAUUGGAUGGUUUGAGGCUGGGUAUUUUGGCAUAGAUUUGCUAGUUCGUCUUGCAAGUGCACCAAAUGAAUCUCCUUUUUCAUUACUUGGUGAUGUAAUGCCACAUUUGCGGGCUAAGUCGGGUCCACCACCUGGUUUUACUGGUGCCAAGCAAAACGAAUUUGUUGAUGCAGCUGGAACUGUAGCGGAGAAUCGGUUUAUUGAAUCAUUGAUGUCUGGGGGUUUGAACAAUCCAGCUCAAGGCGUUCAAGGAUAUGGAGUAAAUAGUUCUGGUGGGUUGUCUUUACCAGUUACUGAUGGUGGGGCAGACAUGUAUCUCUUGGCCAAGAAAUUGGAACUUGAGCGGCAGAGAUCAAUACCUAGUCCGUAUUCAUAUUGGCCUGGUAGGGAAUCUGCAAACCUGAUGCCAGGAUCAGAGAAUGUGUCAGAAAAUGCUCAACAACCAGCCCGUUCUCCAAGUUCUGAUUUGUUGUCCAUCCUCCAAGGUGUAACGGAUAGGUCUUCUCCUGCUGUUAGUGGUCCUCCUCCUGCUUGGUCACAAUCCAUUCAAAAGGAAAGUGAUUUGCACCAUGCCAAAAGUUUCCAAACGCAAACUCCCUUUGGGGUCCAACAGCAGAGACUGCCAGAGCAGAACUUACCUUUGGCAGGUUUACUUGGUCAACCUAUUGAAAAUAAUCCAGGUGGCAUGUUAUCUCCUGAUAUGAUACUCUCCGCUGGACUCUCUCAAGAACAUCAAUCGCUCAAUCUGUUGCAGCAGCAACAGCUCUUGUUGCAGUUGAAUUCUCAGACACCACUUUCUGCCCAACAUCAGCGUCUAUUGGUGGAAAAGAUGCUCUUGCUUAAACACCAACAUAAACAAGAAGAGCAGCAGCAGUUGUUAAGACAGCAACAGCAGCUGUUUUCCCAGGUUCUUGCUGAUCAACAGCGUUCUCAGCAACGGUUUGGAGAGCCAUCUUAUGGUCAUUUGCAGGCGUCUCUUGAUGCGCUUAGGCUGCAACCAUCAAAAGAUAUGUCACAAGUCAAUCAGCAGAUGCAGGUUCCUGUUUCCCGUGAGGAGCGAGGUGUCAACUUAGCUGAUCUGCUCCCAGUAACACAUGCCACUAAUCAGACUGUUGCUUCUUUCGAAACCCCCUCUCUGCAUCUGCAAAACCAGCUGUUUGGUAAUGUUGACCCUAGGAUGAAUGAGGGGAUGGUUCUGGCUGAUCAAACUGAUCAUACCCAUAAAAAAGAUUCAAAAUCAGAAUAUGAAAGAACAAUUUCUGCAGACUACAUGAACAGCUUGUACUCAGAAAAGCCUGUCCUCUCUCCUGGCUAUCAUGCUACACAUAAUGUGGAAGAACCUGUGAGCUGUCCAAACAAUGAAAGCUCCACUUCUACUACAAUAGCUCCCGAAAUAUCUGAAAGUAAGUUGCUGGAGGAGCAGGCUAAGGACAUGUAUGCUGGACAGGGAGAUAUCAGUAAUGAGUUAUCUGGGGAGAUUCCUGCAAUUGAAGUUAAAAACAAUGAAGUUUCUGUAGGACGGAAGACUUCUGAGAAGAAGUCCAGGAAGCAGCGGGCUAAGCAGUCUGCUGAACUGGCUAAGACAACUUCUAAAGCUUCUCUGCAGGAGACAAAGCAACUUGAACCAGGAAGUGCUGAUGAUUCUGAGAUAAAGGGUAAAACUAAAAAGUCGGCUGACACUUUGAUAGACAAUGAUACUCGCCCCAUUAAGAGCUCCACAGCCACAGCUUCAGUCACCUCCCAAAUGAGUUCUGAAGCCGAUUCAGUCAGGGGAGAAGAGUCUUCACUGCAAAACACACGAACACAACCAGGACGAGCUUGGAAGCCUGCUCCUGGCUUUAAACCAAAGUCAUUGCUAGAAAUUCAAAUGGAAGAACAGAGGGUAGCACAAGCAGAAGCUUUAGCUCCAAAGAUUUCUACAACUGUGAGUUCAGUGGGUUCGGCAGCUCCUUGGGCUGGGAUUGUUGCCAAUUCAGAUCCUAACAUACUAAGGGAGACUCAUGGAGAGUUGGCUAUUACUCAAACCGGUGUUGUAAAGCCUGAAAGUGUUCCUGCUCUUAAGGCUAAGAAAAGCCACUUGCAUGACUUGCUGGCUGAUGAUGUUUUUGCCAAAUCCAGUGACAAAGAGAGGGAAGUAAUGGAAACCGUCUCUAAAAAUGACGCAUUCAUGCAAGUCACGACCACUAAUGCAGAGUCGUUUGAUGAUGAUAACUUUAUUGAGGCUAAGGAAACAAAAAAGAGCCGCAAGAAAUCUGCGAGAGCAAAGAAUUCUGGGGCGAAAGUUGCUGCACAUGUUCCUACUGUAGAUACAUCCUUCCAAACCAACUCUGUUGAGAAGGGAAAAAGUUCUCGUGUUAUACAGCAGCAGGAGAAGGAAGUUUUGCCUGCUAUUCCUUCUGGGCCUUCUCUGGGAGAUUUUGUUCUCUGGAAAGGAGAGACUGUAAACAAUCCUCCACCGGCUGCUGCAUGGUCUACUGGUCCGAAAAAAUCCACAAAACCUAGCUCGCUUAGGGACAUCGUGAGGGAGCAGGAGAAGAUGACGACCUCAUCUCAUCCACCCCCUAGUCCAGUACCUACCACGCAGAAAGCUACUCCACCUCAGGUUCAUCAGGGCGGUGCUUCCUGGUCGCGUUCUGCAUCUUCCCCUUCACAGGCUGUUUCUCAGUCUUCUUCCCAGUCAAAAUCCAAAGGAGAUGAUGACCUUUUCUGGGGUCCAGUUGAGCAAUCAACCCAGGAAACAAAGCAGGGAGACUUUCCUCAUCUUACAAGUCAAAACAGUUGGGGAACCAAAAACACUCCUGGGAAAGUUAAUGCAGGAACUUCACUGAAUCGACAGAAAUCAGUUUCAACGGGAUCUGCAGAUCGGGUUUUGUCUUCACCUGUUGUCACUCAGGCGUCACAAAAAGGGAAAAAGGAGGCAGUGACAAAACUCACAGAGGCGAAUGGCUUCAGAGAUUGGUGCAAAAGCGAAUGCCUCAGACUUCUUGGUUCCGAAGAUACAAGUGUCUUGGAAUUUUGUCUAAAGCUAUCCCGAUCAGAAGCUGAAACUCUUCUGAUAGAAAAUCUGGGGUCGCGUGAUCCUGACCACAAGUUCAUCGACAAAUUUCUCAACUACAAAGACCUGUUACCAUCAGAGGUAGUUGAGAUUGCAUUUCAAUCAAAGGGCUCAGGAGUCGGGACCCGAAACAACACAGGCGAUGACUAUUACUAUAACACUACAGCUGCAAAUGACGGGUUCUCGAAAGUUGGAGGAAAGAAAAAGGCAAAGAAAGGGAAGAAGGUAAGCUUAAGCGCAUCGGUUCUGGGAUUUAAUGUGGUUAGUAACAGGAUCAUGAUGGGAGAGAUUCAGACAAUUGAGGACUGAGAGGAAGAAGUUGGAUAUGUUUAUACACUUUUGGGCUUCAGUUCUCAUUGUACAUUUGGUUUUUAGGACAAAUCUUUGGUCUCCUUAAUUUUAUGGGAUGGAACUUGUUUUAUCUCACUAGGAAGUUUUGUUAGACUACUUUCAAGCGAGAUGAGGUUUUUUCAUGUUCCUCUUCCCUUUUAGUCGCAACCCAAAAGAGAUGUUGGAUCAUGUUUGUUGUUUUAUGUAUUAGACACUUUUUUGUUCACCCAAAUAUUCCAUUUU